AUGGAUAUGACAAAAGAAGUCAAUUAUUACGACUUUUUGGGGGUGUCUCGCGACGCAUCUGUUUCUGAGAUAAAAAAGGCGUACAAGCACAAAGCAGUGAUGUUACAUCCCGACAAAUUGACAAAUCCGACGACCCACGAUUUCGAUACAUUUCAUUUACUGCAGAAGAUUAAAGAUGUGCUCACAGACGAUUUCGCGAGGAAAGCGUACAACAAAGUCCUGGACGCCCGACUUGCGCAACAACGCCGCAUGACCGAAAUGGGUCUUCAACGGAAGCAAAUGAUUGAAGAACUUCUGAAGAAGGAAAAGGAGUACCAAGACGCGGAGAGAGUGACUGCGCUCUUUGAAGAGCAGCAGAAGAAGGUAGAAGGUGACAGAGUAGCUAAGGAUGUUGGAAAGUGGUAUAAAAAUCGGCAUUCGAAAGUUCCGAGUCAUUUGCCCCUUUCUGUGCGGUUCUAUUGGGAUAGUAAGGUACCCAAAGGGUAUUACAACAAAGAGUAUUUCAGAACGAAAUUGGCAACUUUUGGUAUCAUUGUUGGGGUUGCUUGCUUUGACUUCGAUUGUUUUGUUGUGUUCAAACAUCCAGACGCCAUCAGCCAAAUAGAAGUCUCCAAUGAUCACAACCACUCUUUUGGAGAUAAUGUGAUGGUAGUGUCUGUGGAGAUACUUCGGGACUCGGUUAAUGUUGUUGAGCCAGACUUCUUUGCGUUUGAAGAGAAAGUACUCAGUAAAGCUCGUAGGAUAAUAAACACAACAAAUAAGACUGAGUAUAUAGAAAUUGAUUGA